UAUCUCACUAUAUUAGCACGACCAUUAUGAAGAGGUGCAGAAAUAGUUUGGAGGAUGGAUUCUAUCCUGAUUCAAUGUUAUUUUAAGAAGAAUUACAUAUCGAAUAGUUACAGCUUGUGUUCCCUAUGCUGGCACUGCAGCAGCAAAGCAAAGUGCUUUUUAAAUGAUUAUUUGUCUUUAUUGCCUGUGGUUUGAAAGCUAGAAACAGAAACCCAUGCUUCAUAUUCUCAAGAAAAAAACAUCUUUUUGGAGAUGAUCUCAAUCAUUUUUCAGUGAAGUUCCUGUUGUUCCACCAGCCUCAGGUGUUACCAGAUAAUAGAGAAAAAUGCUGAUCCUGAAGAAAUGCUGUUGUCUUAUCUGCGAAAGAGGCUCCGUCUCACAGGCACUAAGUAUGGCUGUGGGGGGGGCGGCUGUGGUGCCUGCACCGUGAUGAUAUCAACUUACGAGCCAGCUUUGAAGAAGAUACGGCAUUAUUCAGCAAACGCGUGUUUGCUUCCCAUUUGCUCCUUGCACGGUGCGGCAGUCACCACCGUGGAGGGUGUUGGCAGCACCAAAACCAGGGUUCACCCAGUUCAGGAAAGGCUUGCCAAGUGCCAUGGCUCCCAGUGUGGUUUCUGCUCCCCAGGAAUGGUCAUGUCCAUAUAUACUUUGCUAAGAAACCACCCAGAACCAACUUCAGAGCAGAUGAUCGCAGCUCUGGCUGGGAACUUAUGCCGCUGUACUGGAUAUAGGCCAAUCCUAGAUGCCUGUAAAACCUUCUGUAAGGAAUCCAUUUGUUGUCAAAGGAAAGCAAAUGGAAAGUGUUGCUUGGAUCAGGACGAUUCUUUGUUUGACAAGGAAGAGAAGGUUUCCACCAGACUAUUUUCAACAGAUGAAUUCCAGCCCUUAGAUCCCACCCAGGAGCUUAUAUUUCCUCCAGAACUAAUGAGAAUGGCUGAAAAUCAACCAAAAAGAACUUUGGUUUUUCACGGAGAGCGAAUGACAUGGAUUUCUCCUGUAAGCCUGGAUGAAUUAGUGGAUCUGAAAGCUGCCCACCCCAAAGCACCUCUUGUGGUUGGGAACACCAGUGUGGGACCCGAGAUGAAAUUUAAAGGCGUGUUCCAUCCAAUCGUUGUUGCUCCUGCAAGGAUUCCAGAUCUGAAUGUGGUGAAAUGCACGGAUGACGGGUUAACUGUGGGAGCUGCCUGCAGCCUCUCUCUAGUGAAAGACAUCCUGACAAAUGCAAUCUCAGAGCUGCCUGAAGAGAAGACAAAGGUUUUCCAUGCUGUCUUGCAGCAAUUGAGAACUCUGGGAGGAGAACAGAUAAGGAACGUUGCUUCCUUAGGCGGAAACAUCAUCAGUAGAAAAUCAACCUCAGACUUGAAUCCUAUCCUGGCAGCCAGCAACUGUUUGCUCAGUCUGGUGUCGAGAGGAAGAAAGCGACAGGUUCCUUUGAGUGAUAUUUUUGCAGACGGAGCUGGUAACGAUACCAUCAUGCCAGAAGAGAUCCUGGUCUCUGUCCAUAUCCCGCAUUCUAGGCAGGGGGAGUAUGUAUCUGCAUUUCGACAAGCACCGAGACGGGAAAAUGCUCUCCCAAUAAUCAACGCUGGGAUGAGAGUCCUUUUUGAAGAAGGUACAGACAUCAUAAAGGAUUUAAGCAUUUUCUGCGGAGGUGCUGUCUCAACCACAGUCUCUGCAAAACAAGCCUGUGGGACACUUAUCGGAAGACACUGGAAUGAACAAAUCUUGGAUGAAGCUUGCAGACUCAUUCUUAAAGAAAUUGCUCUUUCAGGCUCAGCCAGUGGUGAAAAAGCAGAUUAUAAGAAAACUUUGAUAGUCAGUUUCUUCUACAGAUUUUUCCUGGAAGUGCUGCAGUCAUUAACGACAAUGGAUCCUUGUCACUAUCCUGGCAUACCUGUGGAAUAUAGGAGUGUCCUACAAGAUUUCAAAACCAAAAUGCCCCAGAGUAUCCAAAUAUUCCAGGACAUAGACCCGAGUCAGUCUCCCCAGGAUCCUGUAGGACGGCCCAUUAUGCACCAGUCUGGAAUUAAGCACGCCACUGGUGAAGCCGUUUACGUCGCUGACCUGCCUUCGGUGGAUGGGGAGCUCUUCCUGGCUGUCGUCACUAGUUCCAGAGCUCAUGCGAAGAUUGUAUCUAUCGAUACCUCAGAGGCUCUGAAAGGACCAGGUGUGUUCGAUAUCAUAACAGCUCAUGAUGUACCAGCUACAAAUGAGUUUUACUACUCCGAUGAUCCAGAGAUCAUAUUUGCAAGAAAGGAGGUGAUUUGUGUGGGCCAGAUUGUGUGUGCUGUGGCUGCAGAUUCAGAUGUUCAUGCCAAACAAGCAGCCGCAAAAGUGAAGAUAGAGUAUGAAGCGCUGGAACCAGUGAUCUUAACAAUUGAGGAAGCUAUAAAGCACAACUCGUUCUUUGAGCCAAAAAGAAAAUUAGAACAAGGAAAUGUUGAUCAAGCAUUUGAAACUGUUGAUGAUGUAAUUGAAGGGGAGAUUCGCAUUGGAGGACAGGAACACUUUUACCUGGAGACUCAGAGUGUGCUUGCUGUUCCAAAAGGAGAGGAUAAAGAAAUGGAUGUGUAUGUAUCAACACAGCAUCCAGCAUUUAUUCAGGAGAUGGUAGCUGCAAGCUUGGGCGUUCCAGCCAACAGGAUCAUGUGCCAUGUUAAACGAGUUGGUGGAGCCUUUGGUGGGAAACUCCUGAAAGCUGGUUUACUGGCAUGCGUCGCUGCAGUGGCAGCUAACAAAACCAGCAGAGCAGUCCGUCUUAUUCUGAGCCGAGGGGACGAUAUGUUAAUCACUGGUGGCCGACAUCCUUUUCUUGGUAAAUAUAAAGUUGGCUUCAUGAAUGAUGGUAGGAUCAAAGCGGUGGAUGCCCAAUAUUACAUUAAUGGAGGAUGCACCCCUGAUGAAUCAGUCGUGGUGGCAGAAGUAGCCUUAUUAAAAAUGGACAACGCGUACAAGAUUCCCAACUUGAGAUGCUGGGCUUACGCCUGCAAAACAAACUUGCCGUCAAACACAGCGUUCCGAGGGUUUGGCUUUCCCCAGUCAGCACUGGUGACAGAAACGUGGAUCACGGGAGUUGCAGAUAAAACUGGCUUAUCACCAGAAAAGAUUAGGGAAAUCAACAUGUAUAAGGAGAAUGAGCAGACACACUUCAAACAAAAGCUUGAUCCACAAAACUUGAAACGGUGCUGGAAUGAAUGUGUGGAGAAAUCUGCGUUCUACAGUAGAAAAGCAGCUGUCAGUGAAUUUAACAAACAAAACUACUGGAAGAAAAAAGGGAUUGCCAUUGUACCAAUGAAGUUUCCAUUCGGAAUGGGCACACGGUAUCUUUCUCAGGCUGCGGCUCUGGUUCAUAUUUAUACCGAUGGGUCUGUGCUUCUGACACAUGGUGGAAUUGAGAUGGGGCAGGGUAUUCAUACAAAAAUGAUCCAGGUUGCUAGUCGGGAAUUGAACAUCCCCAUGUCAUGUAUUCACUUCUGUGAAACGAGCACGACGACAGUUCCCAACGCAUGUGCCUCAGUGGGAUCUGCAGGGACGGACGUCAAUGGCAUGGCUGUGAAGGAUGCUUGCCAAACUCUUCUGAAACGCCUGCAGCCGAUCAUCAACCAGAACCCAGAAGGGACUUGGAAUGACUGGAUUAAAGAAGCUUUUGAACAGAGCGUGAGUCUUUCAGCUACUGGCUACUUUAGAGGUUACGAUGAAACCAUGGAUUGGGACAAAGGGGAGGGACAGCCCUUCACAUAUUUUCUUUAUGGAGCUGCUUGUUCAGAGGUUGAAAUUAACUGUCUAACAGGAGAUCACAAGAACCUCAGAACAGACAUUGUUAUGGACAUCGGCUGCAGCAUAAAUCCAGCUGUGGAUAUAGGACAGAUUGAAGGUGCCUUUGUUCAAGGCAUCGGACUGUACACAAUGGAGGAAUUAAAAUACUCUCCAGAAGGAGUCCUCUGUACUCGGGGUCCAGAUCAGUAUAAGAUCCCCGCUGUUUGUGAUAUUCCAGAACAGUUUAGUGUUUCCCUGCUGCCAUCUUCCCAAAAUCCUUAUGCCAUCUAUGCAUCCAAGGGGAUAGGUGAGGCAGGACUUUUCUUGGGAUGCUCUGUGUUCUUUGCUUUGAGAGAUGCAGUGACUCGUGUGAGAGCCGAAAGAGGACUGAAGAAGAGCUUGGCGCUGAACAGCCCUCUGACUGCUGAACAAAUACGGGCAGGCUGUGCAGAUGGCUUCACUGACAUGGUGACAAACGAUGAAUCUGCUUCCUCCACUCCUGGGGCCACAUCCGUGUGCAUGGCGAACCAGAGUGCGCAGGACUGGAAUGGAACGGAAAGCUGAUUUACUGCCCCGAUACACACUAAUCAACAUACAGCUAAAUAUAUUUUCUCAUUUUCAGAAUAGAAUCAGCUACCAAAAAAAUGCACCUUCCGUCCUUACCUUCAUUCUCCACACAGUAUAUUCAUUGUAGUACUUCAUUUGUAUUACUGCAUUUAAUUGCUAGAAAUACAUCUCCUGCAUUUGAAGCAUAUAUUUUGAACAAGGAAGAUCUAAUGAACAACUCAGCUCAAAUGCUGCAGCAGAAGGAAGUUAGGAUGAAGUGUGAAGGUACGUUAGAUAACUUACUGCCACUAAUUGCACUCAACAGCUUCAUAUGAUACGUUAUUUUCAUGGCUUCAACUUUGAGCCUUGCAGUGGAGUGCGAGUGCAGAGAUCUUUGUCUGUUGAAGAAUCAGAGCCUUGCUUGUUGGCUUCAGUCCCUUUUUGAUCAGAAGCAGUGCUCUGAUUUGUAGUAAAGCUGCUUUAGAUUCUUUUGGCAAAGACAACUUUGGGUUAAAAACAUGCAAGAAACAAAAGUUAUGAUUUUCUUUUGCUAUGCCAGGCAAAUUGCUAUGGCUGCCUUAUAUUUUUAUCCCAAAAGUUGGAAGAGUCACUUAGCUGUGAUUUCCACUACAAGCUUUCUUUUUCUCAUGGAGCAAGCCAAAUGCCUCUGAACUUCAUGGGAAAACUCGCGUGGAGUUCAGCGUGCUUUGAACAGGAGACUGGAUGAUCCUGUCUCUGGAAAGGAUUCUUAAGCAGGACUUAGUCCUGUGCUCAGGACUAUAUUGAGCCAUGACACUACAGUUAAGAACUUUCACUCUUGGCCGCUCCUGUGAUAAAGAAGAUAGAAAAAAAUAAAUUAGAUCAAAAGAUGAUCUGCGAAGAUCAGUCACCGGAUUCUGCCCAGGGUGCAGUGUGGUUAGACCACAGCUGGAGAAAACAGGGAGAUACAAAGCAGCAAUGUAUUAAAUGGUAACAGAAACCCUGGUGUUAUUAAAUCUGAAGUAUAUACAUAUUUGCAACCUAAGAUGAGACCAAGAAAUUAUCUAGAAUAUACAAAGUUAAUAUACUUUGAAAGCUCCGGCCACAAUUUACAGAUUUCAGCAUGAGAAUCCACAAUAUCGCACUGACUGGGAAUUUCAGCCUUUCCUCCUUUUGGAGUGCAAAGCUGAGAUUUCUAUUCUGAAUGCACAGACACCAAAUGCACAAAUCUUGAAUCUUUGAUCUGGGAUACAACCUAAUCCAGAGAAACCCCUUCACUUUUUUAGUGAGUCUACAGAAGUUAACCCAAGUAUAACAGCACCUGGAAAAUUGCAGCAGGUUCGUUGAUAAGCAAGUAGAGCUGGGAAAACAGGUAAUUUGUCCGUUCAGUGUGAGGUCUCAGUGAACCUCUGCGUCAGUUGUCCCUAGCUGAGCAUGGGGAUUGCUCUUCAGUUACUCCUGGGACAGAUUGCCCCAGGGCCAUGCAGACUGUCAUCUGGAAUGAAAAUAAGUGGCUCUAAUUAGUUUGACGCGUCACCCUGCAGGCUCUUGUUAUUUCACUGCUCCUCAGUUUUCCACAGACUGUUUUCUCCUUUUGCCUUCCAUGCCUUUUAUGAGUUACUACUGUAUCUGUGACAGAAAUCAGGUUAGUGGGUUAAAUGGGUCCUGCAUUGGCUAUUAAGGUAUUAAAUAUUGUUUCCAUUUGCUUGUCUCUCUGUACCUGCUAUGAGUCAGUGAAAUUCAGCUGCUUAGGCAUAGGUGUUUAGACCAUUUUAGAUGUCAAGAGACAACAGAGACGUAGGAGAGCGCAGGACUGGAAGACACAACGUAGUCACUGGAGGCCAAGCAGGUCAUAGCAAAGCAUCACAAGUGGCUCUACAAGUGUGGCUUAGGCAGCUUUCACUUCUUUUUCUUCACUUUCUUUGUAUUAUUUUGGCUUUUAUAUAUUGUAAGAAAGUAAAUAAAUCAAAUUAAAUGUU